CUCGGCUGUAGACUUGAAGAGUUACUGGAGUGAAGGCAGAGUUGCAUGUCUUCUUAAAGAAGAGGAAGGAGGAAGGAGGGAAUCGAUAUUAGUUGUCUCUCUGAGAAUUUCUCCGAUGGCAUCUUCCCCUGCUCUCAUUAGUGGAACGGAGGCAUGGAAGGACUUGAAGUGCCAUGUCGAAGCAAUCAGUAAAACACAUCUUCGAGACCUGAUGAAGGAUUCUGAUCGCUGCGGAUCGAUGUUGGUGGAGCUCGAAGAUAUACGUCUCGAUUACUCGCGACAACGGGUCACUCGUGAAACCAUGGAGAAGCUCUAUAACUUGGCAGAGGUGGCUAACCUUAAAGGAAAAAUCCAUGACAUGUUCAGUGGUAAAAAGAUAAAUGCUACCGAGAAUCGGUCCGUUCUUCAUGUAGCUCUAAGGUCUCCGAGGGAUGCUGUCAUAUGCAGCGAUGGGAAAAAUGUAGUGCCUGAAGUUUGGAGUGUGCUUGACAAAAUAAGUGAAUUCUCUGAAAGGGUUCGAAAUGGAUCCUGGGUUGGGGUGACGGGGAAGCCGUUGAAGGAUGUUAUCUCCGUAGGCAUUGGUGGCAGUUACUUGGGUCCUCUAUUUGUUCAUACUGCUCUUCAAACAGAACCGGAAGCAAUGGCAUGUGCAAAGGGACGGCAGCUAAGAUUCCUUGCCAAUGUUGACCCUAUUGAUGUUGCUCGAAGUAUUGCUGGUUUAGAUCCUGAAACCACCCUGGUGGUGGUGGUUUCAAAAACAUUUACCACAGCUGAGACCAUGUUAAAUGCUCGAACACUGAGGGAAUGGAUUUCAUCAGCUCUUGGUCCAGAAGCUGUGGCAAAGCAUAUGGUGGCUGUGAGUACAAACCUGGAGCUUGUCAAAAAAUUUGGAAUAGACCCUAAUAAUGCAUUUGCAUUCUGGGACUGGGUUGGAGGACGCUACAGUGUUUGCAGUGCUGUUGGUGUGCUGCCUUUGUCUCUGCAAUAUGGCUUUCCACUUGUUCAGAAGUUUUUAGAGGGGGCUUCUUUCAUUGAUCACCAUUUCCAUACCACACCAUUUGAGAGGAAUAUACCAGUUCUUCUGGGACUUCUGAGCAUAUGGAAUGUUUCUUUUCUGGGAUAUCCUGCGAGAGCUAUCUUGCCAUACUCUCAAGCAUUGGAAAAGUUUGCUCCUCAUAUCCAACAGGUGAGCAUGGAGAGUAAUGGGAAGGGUGUGUCAAUAGAUGGUGUUCCUCUUCCUUUUGAGGCUGGGGAGAUUGACUUUGGUGAACCUGGCACGAAUGGUCAGCAUAGUUUCUAUCAGCUAAUCCAUCAGGGACGUGUUAUUCCUUGUGAUUUUAUUGGCAUUAAGAAGUCACAGCAGCCUGUCUACCUGAAAGGGGAGCCAGUGAGUAACCAUGAUGAGCUCAUGUCUAACUUCUUUGCGCAGCCAGAUGCUCUUGCUUAUGGGAAGACUCCUCAGGAAUUGGAAGGUGAGAAAGUUCCUCAGCAUCUGAUUGCUCACAAGACUUUCCCUGGGAAUAGGCCAUCAGUCAGCCUUCUUCUUCCUUACCUAGAUGCUUAUAAUAUUGGACAGUUGCUAGCAAUUUAUGAACACAGAAUUGCAGUUGAAGGUUUUAUAUGGGGGAUAAACUCUUUUGACCAGUGGGGAGUGGAGUUAGGAAAGUCAUUGGCAGCUCGUGUAAGGAAUCAGCUGAGUUCUGCUCAUGCAAAUGGUGCACCAAUUGGAGGAUUCAACUAUAGUACCACUUGGUUACUGACGAAAUAUUUGGAGGGCGAGUCUCUUGUUGGAUCAUGUGGUUCCACGUCGCUUCCAAACGUGUGAUGAUGGUGAAACUGGUGUGAUCGCCAAACCCACAUGGCUUCUUGUUUAGUUAAUGGCUUUACUUUUUUCAAGUAGGCUAUCCGCAUCCAAUGUUCUAAUUGGAUUUUCAGAUCAUAUUUAUGUGCUUUAAAUAGUUGAAGUCCUGUCCGUGGAAGUCCUUGUUUCUGUUUACAAGUUCAAAUCUAAGUUUUGAGUGAGUAAUAUCUUUCACGUGAGAACUAGGAGAAGCACGACAGUGUGUGUUGGCUUUUAAAUAAAAUCUAUUUCGCUUGUUUA